ACCAAGCAAGGAGGGGUUGGGACUCUCGAAAUGCUGCAUACAUAUAAAACUGCAAGGGAAAGAGACUCAGAGAGUCCAAGACGUGGUAGAUACAGGAUAGGCGAUGGCCCUCAGACAAGAUUCUUACGUUACUCUGAAUGAUGGCCAUAAAAUGCCUAUAAUUGGUUUCGGUACCUAUGCCCCACAGGAGCAUUCCAGCUUGGCAGAAGAGGGUGUAAAAGUGGCCCUGGAAGUUGGAUUUCGCCAUAUUGAUGGCGCCUUCAUCUACAAGAACGAGGUUGAGGUUGGCCGAGCUAUCCAGCAGAAGAUUGCAGAUGGAACGGUAAAGAGAGAAGACGUGUUCUACACGGGGAAGCUCUGGUCCACUUUCCAGGCCCCAGAUAGAGUCCGACCAGCUGUAGAGAGGUCUCUGAAAGAUCUUCAUCUCCAAUAUAUAGAUUUGUUUAUCAUCCACAGCCCUAUUGAACUCAAGCCUGGUGAUGAUCCCUUCCCCGUGGAUGAAAAUGGGAAACUUAUAUAUCACAAUACAGACAUUCGGGACACAUGGAAGGCUCUGGAGGAGUGUAAGGACGCCGGGCUGGUUCGAUCCAUAGGAGUUUCCAAUUUCAAUAAGCGCCAGAUAGAACUGAUCCUGAACAAUCCAGAACUGAAAUACAAGCCAGUCUGCAACCAGGUUGAAUGUCACAUUUACCUCAAUCAAAGUAAACUCCAGGGGUUUCUCAAGUCACAUGACAUUGUACUGGUGGGGUACAGCGUGCUGGGCUCCAGCAGGGAUGAGAAAUGGAUUGACCAGAAUUCUCCAGUUCUAUUGGAAGAUCCUGUACUAAACUCUUUGGCAAAAAAGCUCGGCCGGACCCCCGCCCAGGUGGCAAUGCGGUAUCUUCUACAGAGGGGGAUUGUUGUCCUGGCAAAGAGCUUCACCCCAGCUAGGAUCAAACAGAACUUUCAGGUCUUUGACUUCCAGCUAGACGAUGAAGAGAUGAAGACUCUUGACGGACUAAACAAAAAUAUGUAUUAUGUGAAUUCUAUCCAGUGGCAGGAUCAUCCUAAAUACCCCUUCCAUGAUGAAUAUUAAAGUAAUAAGGGGAUUCUUGUGCCAGGUGCCCUCUGAACCGAUGGACCUAACGGGAGGUUGCAGACCAUACAACAGAUUACUCCUCAUCGGAAACCAGA